GCCUGUGGGUUUCAGAGCAGUUGGCGGCAGUGCCAGAGUUCCAUGGGCUGGGGCCCCUCUUCAGGUCCUCGCCUGAGCCUGUGGCCCUCACUGAAUCAGAGACAGAGUACGUUGUCUGCUGCACCAAACACACCUUCACUGACCACAUGGUGUUCCAGUUUGACUGCACGAACACACUCAACGACCAGACCUUGGAGAAUGUCAAGGUGCAGAUGGAGCCCACUGAGGCCUACGAGGUGCUCUGUUACGUGCCUGCCCGGAACCUUCCCUACAACCAGCCUGGGACCUGCUACACACUGGUGGCACUGCCCAAGGAAGACGCCACAGCUGUGGCCUGCAUGUUCAGCUGCAUGAUGAAGUUCACUGUCAAGGACCGCGACCCCACCACUGGGGAGACCGCUGACGAUGGCUAUGAGGAUGAAUAUGUGCUGGAAGACCUGGAAGUCGCUGUAGCUGACCACAUCCAGAAGGUCAUGAAGCUGAACUUCGAAGCAGCCUGGGAUGAGGUAGGAGAUGAGUUUGAGAAGGAGGAAACAUUCACCUUGUCGACCAUCAAGACACUUGAAGAGGCUGUGGGCAAUAGCGUGAAAUUCCUGGGAAUGCACCCUUGUGAGAGGUCGGACAAAGUGCUGGAUAACAAGAACACCCACACGCUGCUCCUGGCUGGUGUGUUCCGGGGUGGUCAUGACAUCCUGGUGCGCUCCCGGCUGCUGCUUUUGGAUACAGUAACAAUGCAGGUGACAGCCAGAAGUUCGGAGGAGCUGCCAGUAGACAUCAUCUUGGCGUCUGUUGGCUGAGGCCAGC